AAAUUUUGUGAAGUUUGAGUGAAAAAUUUAAACCUAAAGUUAUUUAACUUGAUACUUCUAACAAAAUGUUAGAAAAAUCUAUCAACAUUGAGAGAAAAUUGGAAGAAACGUUGGAAAAAUUAGGAAGCAUUAAAACUAUUGACAAAUUUAAUAAUGAGAAAAAAAUUGAAGUAAAGGAUAAUUAUUGGCCGCAAUAUCUUGCUGUUUUUACAGCGGCUUUAUCAUAUUAUAAUCGUGGAUUACAUUCUGCAUGGACAUCUCCAGCUCUGCCCAAAUUACUGACGAAUGGCACAGAAAUAGAUUCAUAUUUUCCAAUUUCAAGUACGGAAGGUUCUUGGAUUGUUGUUUCGUAUUCGGCAAGCAUAUCUGUUGGAGCACCAUUAGCUGCAUAUUUAAUUCACAGUAUUGGACGAAAAAAUACAAUUCUUCUUACUGCAUUUCCAACGCUAUUAGCUUUUUUACUAAUUGCAUUCGCCCCAUCCAUUGAAUGCUUUUACGUAGCACGCAUAUUAGCUGGUAUAUCAGAAGGUUUAGCUAAUAUUGCUUUACCUGUGUAUGUUGGUGAAGUUGCACAAGCUAAAAUACGAGGUUUUCUUGGAUCUAUUACCGCAAUAUUUUUAACGCUUGGAUUAUUAUCCGUAAAUGUGAUUGGAUCAUAUACAACAAUUUUCCAAACAUCAAUGAUAUUAUCAAUAUUUCCAAUAUUAUUAAUUGGAACAUUUUAUUGGAUGCCCGAGUCACCAUAUUAUUUAAUGAUGAAAAAUGAUAUUAAUUCAGCGGAACAAUCAUUGAUUAAAUUACGUGGAACAAAAAUGGUACAAGAGGAAUUGAAACUGAUUCAAGUAACCGUAGAAAAACAAAUGGCAAAUGAGGGAACAUUUAAAGCAUUGUUUUGUGUUCGUAGCAAUCGACGAGCAUUACUAUUAGCUUUGGCUAUGGAAACAGUAUUGCAAUUAAGUGGUAUUCAAGCGAUAUUAGCAUACACUCAAAUUAUUUUCAUCGAAUCCGGAGAACAAAUCACAUCAGAAAUGUCAUCAAUUUUGUUAAUGAUCAUACAAUUAAUUGCAUCAAUUUCCGCCACAAAUUUUGUUGAUAAAUUAGGACGUAAACCAUUGUUAAUGAUUUCUUGCGCCGGAUGUGGAAUUGCUUUAAUGUUUGAAGGUCUUUACUUUUAUUUGCAAUAUAUUGGAUACGAUUGUCUACACAGUUUCAGUUGGGUACCACUUUCUGCCUUAAUUCUUUACAUAAUUGUGUAUAGCAUGGGCUUAGCAAUAAUCAUUAACAUAUUAUUAGGGGAAAUUUUUGCAGCAAAUGUUAAGGGUAAAGCAAUUGGAAUCAAUACUAUUUUGUAUGGAAUUUUAGCAUUUUUUGUAUCAAAAUUAUUCCAAAUAAUGACUGAUCAUGUAGGUAUGUUUGUACCAUUUUGGAUUUAUGGUAUAUUUUCGUUAUCGGCGGUAGUUUAUAUUUAUUACUGUGUACCAGAAACCAAAGGAAAAACAUUAGAUGAAAUUGUGGAAUGGUUUGAAAAAUCGUAAUAAAUACAACAUGUAUUUCCUUUUUCAAUAAUUAAGGGUGUCCCUUUUUAUUUAAAUAUCCAAUUUUUAGUAUUUUCAAAAAAUAUUCGACAUCCAGUGACUGAAAACUGUUCUUUAAACUAAGAACAGUUGGAAUGUAUGACAUUCUGUACUCUCAAACAGCGACAAAUAAAAAUUUCGUAAGAGCUGGGAAGUAGCCUCGAAGAAGUUUCAGAGCAAGGCGUUAAUUGUACAUAUAAUUUAGAACGAUAAUUUUUUUAGAAAUAAAUAGGCAACUUAAAAAAUUUUGCUUUGCUUUGAGACUUGAUCUCUAACAGCAAAUCUGCUCCCAACAUAUAAAUGUGAUUUUGAAUGUUUAUUUGAAUACAAUGUCAUAUUCUUGUAAAUGCGCAAGUUAGUUAAUUUAAUAAGUUUGUUAAGUGUUAAUUAGAUAAGGGUGGCCUUCAGCCACAUUUUUUUUUUUAUACAAUUUACAAACUUCGAUUAUAGGU